UAGUGGCGGUAAAUGUGGUAGGACACUGUUGGACAUGAAAAUGAGUGACUUUCUGAGACGAGGGACCCCCCUUUGCGAUGCCAAGAAUCCAGAGGGGCCGCCGGAGACCUGCGGGCUAAAAAGUCACCCCAUGCUUCCUUCGCAUGUGUUUUCCCGGUGCAACCCCAGUUAUGGGUUCUUGCAUUCGACUGAUAUGGACUAUGCUGUCUUCUUUGUGUUCUUGUGUUCACAGCAGUGGGACGGCAGAUUUGUCUUCUUCUCGGUCUCGGAUGGUCUCCAGUGUGGUUGGCUUGACAUACGCCAAGCCGUUGUAUAGUCGGAGAAGCCCGCACCACGUUAGGGGAUUCCCAGCGAUGCGGCGGUGUCUCAUAGCAGCACAAUUUUGUUUGAGGACAACCCUGGAAUACCAUAUGGCAGGGUCACAGACCAUUGGUCAGCCAACGGCAAGCCUGCUAAUUGUAGUCAUCCGAAUUGAUGUCAGCAUGGUUGCCACACGCAUCCUUGUCAUAAAAGAUAGACAUAAGCAGCGGUCCCCUAUGCAUGCUACACGAGCGAGGAUCGAUCGUACACCGUGCCAAGGUCCGGAUGCAUUGACUUGAAAUAGAAUAUUACAUUUACCGCUAUAACGCAAAAUGACCAACGAUGGGAGUAUAAUUAUGCACAACAAACACUAGCCAAGACUCUAUGAGAACAGCUGGACAACACAAAGAAUAAAGCGACAGUAAUCAACCAGUCAGGUAAAAAUCCUUUCAUAAAUCGUCGUA